AUGGCGGGUUCGGUAGCGCCGGCUAAGGAUAGUGAGACGACGAUUGGUACAGGUGGUGCGACGGACAGCAGUGUGGUCGAGGCGACGGCGGCCAGAUCGAUGGCAACAAGUGAGUCGAAGAUCUCGAGGGCUGAGGCAGCACAGUCGACGACGAGUACAGGGGUGUGCGCGACUAAAGAAGGUGGAGGUAACGAGACCAAACAAACCACGAAGGCGGCGACAGAAGAAUCGAGAGCGCGGCCCUUCACGAGAGCGGCGAAACGGCGUGCUGAAGAGGAACAGCUACGGACGACAGCGGUCGCACGAGGCGCUGAGACGCAGUACGAGACGGGAGUGACGCCAGAUGCAUCACGACAGGACGACGAUGGCUAA